GGCAGUUUGGAGCAUGCGGCCGCCCUCUGAGCCCUGAUGAGUUCCAGCAUGUGGUAUGUCAUGCAGACCAUUCAGAGCAAGUACUCCCUCUCCGAGCGCCUGAUCCGAACAAUUGCUGCCAUCCGCUCCUUCCCACAUGACAACGUGGAGGACCUCAUCCGAGGGGGAGCAGAUGUCAACUGCACGCACGGCACCCUGAAGCCCCUGCACUGUGCCUGCAUGGUGUCGGACGCUGACUGUGUGGAGUUACUCCUAGGAAAGGGAGCGGAGGUCAAUGCCCUGGAUGGUUACAAUCGAACAGCACUCCACUAUGCAGCCGAGAAGGAUGAGGCUUGUGUGGAGGUCCUAUUGGAAUAUGGUGCAAACCCCAAUGCACUGGAUGGCAACAGAGAUACUCCGCUUCACUGGGCAGCCUUUAAGAACAAUGCUGAGUGUGUGCGUGCUCUCCUAGAGAGUGGGGCCUCUGUCAAUGCCCUGGAUUACAACAAUGACACACCGCUCAGCUGGGCUGCCAUGAAGGGAAAUCUCGAGAGUGUCAGCAUCCUCCUUGAUUAUGGUGCUGAGGUAAGAGUCAUCAACCUAAAAGGCCAGUCGCCCAUAUCCCGCCUGGUGGCCCUGCUUGUUAGAGGGCUUGGGACAGAGAAAGAAGACUCCUGCUUCGAGCUCCUCCAUAGAGCUGUUGGACACUUUGAAUUAAGGAAAAAUGGCACCAUGCCACGAGAAGUGACCAAAGACCAGCAGCUGUGUGAAAAACUGACUGUGUUAUGCUCAGCACCAGGGACCCUGAAAACCCUUGCCCGCUAUGCUGUCCGCCGAAGCCUGGGUCUCCAGUACCUGCCAGACGCAGUGAAGGGGCUCCCACUGCCAGCGUCCCUGAAGGAAUACCUGCUGCUCUUAGAGUAGCCUGGAGGAGACAGUUCUGCCGCCAUGCAGACAGCUCAGGGUGAGGGUUUUUU